AUGCAUUGUAAAGCCUGGCGUGGAAUACAACGGGAGAUCUGUUGGCCACCGGUUCUAACGACAAGAGCAUCAAAAUGAUGAGAUAUAAUGCGAUGACCAAUGAGUUGGAAGGGGGAGAGGCCGAGCUGACUAUGCACGACGGCACUGUUAGGGACAUGUGCUUCAUGGAGGACCUCUCCAACGGCUCCAGUCUUCUUAUAUCUGGCGGCGCCGGCGACUGCAAGAUAUAUGUCACCGAUUGCGAUACUAUGACACCAUUCCAGGCACUCUCCGGACACUCAGGCAAUAUCCUCUCACUGUACACAUGGGGCGGCGCUAUGUUUGUCAGUGGAUCUCAGGACAGGACUAUUCGCUUCUGGGAUUUAAGAACUCGUGGAUGUGUUAACUUGAUUACAGCGCCGUCUGCCUCUGGCAAAGGACCCGGGAGCGCUGUGGCGGCUGUAUGUGUGGACCCGUCGGGCAAACUGUUGGUCUCCGGACACGAGGACUCGAAUUGCAUGCUUUACGACAUAAGAGGCGGUCGAAUCAUACAGACAUUCCAACCCCAUUCGGCUGACAUCCGCACCAUUCGCUUCUCCAACAAAGCCUACUAUCUGUUGACCGGCGGUUACGACAAUAAGAUUGUGUUGACUGACCUCCAGGGAGACCUCACCCAACCGUUGCCCAGUAUAGUAGUGGCCGAGCAUUCCGACAAAGUGAUCCAGGUCCAUAUAAUGGCCACAAAAGUGGUGAACAUUAAUAUCGGUCUCUUGGGUCACAUCGACAGCGGGAAGACAUCUCUGGCCAAAGCCCUGUCCACCACUCAGUCCACGUCAUGCUAUGACAAGAACCCUCAGAGUCGCGAGAGAGGGAUAACCAUUGACUUGGGUUUCUCUUCGCUGACGAUGUCGUGUCCGACGCGUCUGUUGCAAGAGAUGGAGGCGUCGACGGGCCAAGAGUUGGCACAACCGAGCGAUUGGUGCCUUCAGAUGACAUUCGUGGACAGUCCCGGACACUCGUCGCUCAUUAAGACCAUUAUAGGCGGCGCUCAGAUCAUCGAUAUCAUGGUUCUUGUGGUGGAUGUCAUGAAAGGCAUUCAGACGCAGACCGCCGAGUGUCUGGUCAUCGGAGAGAUUACUUGCGAUCAAAUGGUUGUCGUCUUAAAUAAAGUCGAUUUGAUUGAUGAG